ACGACAUACACGACCACCUUCAUGUAUGUUUUUAACUAAUAGUUUGAAGAUGAAAUACAUCUCACUGAUGAAAAAAUAAGAUAAGAUGUUUUACCAACAAGGAAAACGUUAUUACAUGUAAUACAAUAUUCUCCAAGAUGAAAUAGGAAACAUCAUCUGCCUUUUGAAGGAGGGACAAAUCCAACAAUUCACACCGUGGAAUCGAUCCUUGAAAAUAAGGGAUACAAUUCAAAGCAUGUUAAUAGAACUCUAAACUGAUUUAUAUUUUGAAUUCACAGGACAGGAUUACAACAUGGCGAAUGAAGGAUCUACAGAUGGCGUUUCCAGUUUGUUGAAAACUUUUAUGAAAGCCCGCGUUAAGAACGUCGCCGAAGAGUCGAAACUACAAGACUUUGUUACAACUUUGGAAAAGGAAAGAAUCUUUAAUCAGAUCAUUACAAACAAUUACAUCUUCGAAAUAAAGAAAGAGCUGUAUAGACUUGAAAAGGAAGCUACAAACUCAAGUAAAAUUGAACUUAACCCGGAUAGAACGAAACGAAAAUCUGAUGGUAAUAUAUAUGACACAGAUAACAAUGAUAAAAACCAACAGUAUAAUUCAACUCUUCAAGCAAUUCGUGAAGAUACCGAAAGUCCUAUGAAAAAAUCAGAACAGGAUAACACAAGAGAGCUCCCAAAUAUAGACCAAGCUGUUAACCCAACUGGUGAUUUAGUGAGAAGUCAGACAUAUACUGAGGGUUUUCACGAGUCCAAAGAUAAUGAGAGACAAACCAAGAGUGAACAGUCCAAAAAGCGUCUAAGCAGAGGAUUUAGUUUCUUGAAAACUAAAACCAAACAAAUAGGCACAAUGGGUCGUGCGGGCUUGUUUGGAAAGAACAAAAGUAUCAAUUUGGAACCUGCAAAAACGGCUGCAGCCGAAUUGAAGGCGUUAAAUAUGAAAUUCCAGAGAAAUACCUAUGCAUCAUUUGACAGGAAACAACUAGGAGAGGAUGAUGCAUACGCUAAGAGUGAUCUCUCAAGACUACCGAAACUUGUCGACAUCCUCCCUUUCCCCUUAAAUGACCCAUAUAAAGAUGAGAAAUAUCGCAGAAAGAAAGGUCCACAAGAUAAACCGGCUAUUUUUGUUGGACUAGACAUGGGAGAGAGUUCGGAGAAUCUUGCCAUUACAGAUUAUUGGGUAGGCGACCCUAGAGCCGUUGGGUCAAUUCGAAGGGACCGAAAAUCUGCAACAGAAAUGGCUGUACAGUCUAAGGCGUUUGGGGAGUUACGAAGAGCUCAAAAAGAUUUAAUUGGGGAACCGUUAUGCAGCAGGAACUGCAACAGGAAAGGUACGAUUCAUGACAGCGAUAUGAAUAACACUGUAACGAUUGUCCUACCUAAAAUUAGCAAACCAUUCAAACCAAGGCAUAAAGCAAUAAGUGUUGAUGUUUUGGCGAUCGUUGAGGACACUUGUGACACUACUGAUGUUGCUAUAGAAGAGCAUUCUGCUUUGGCUCAGCAGGUAUCCCUCCCAGGUAUUGAUAUGAGUACGUUCAACCCGUCCAAGGUAACACCAGCAGACCCCGAGAAGGUUGAAAAGGACUUAGAACAAACACGUAUCACUAGAACGAAAAAGAUUAAGAAACUGAAUGACAAUUAUGAAAAGGCCAAGAAUACAACAUUGUUUUCUAAGGAAUCCACGGCAAUAGUUGACGUGAAUAAAGAUACCCGAAUAAGAGUUGGGUAUUCAUAUAAGGGAGACAGUAAUGCGAUAAGAAAGAGUAAACUAACACAGAGCAUGCCCUCAUUAAACGUAGCUGCUUAGAUGACGUGUUUUCCCUAUAUAGGGAUUGCUAUAUUUUUUAGAAUUUGGAAGAAGAUACCAUGUAAUGUAUCUCAUACUUGAGUGGGU